UGCGAGCAGGAGGUCUCUUUUAGAUGACUUGUGAAACGCGACGCCACUCCCCUAUUUUUCGCGUUCCAUUCGGCCUAGCGAUAACUGAGGACCCUUACUACUCUGCAGUAUAAGUAGCCCAUGUACAGUCCCUACUAGCAGGCAAUAAUACCUACUAGGCAUCGACGUCUCACUUUCGCAUUCGUCAUCCAGUAGCACUUUCAUUAUUUCAUCAAUCGUCUCGGAUUCAGCACGUUUCCAAUCAUAUUGCUCUCGUUCGCAAUCCUCUGACUCUACAGCGCAUAUAUAUCCCAGCAAGCGGUCUACACACCCCUUCGCACUCACAGUACUUCGCAGGUUCUUACAAUUACCUGUUCCACUUCAAGUCAACUCCUACCUAAGUAACAAUUUCUCGUCGUCAUGAAUGCUGAACAAUUCCGUAGAGCUGGUUAUCAAGCCAUCGAUAGGAUAUGUGACUACCAUGUCACCUUGAGGGAUAGACCUGUCUUAUCCCAAGUUGAGCCAGGGUACCUCAGAAAGGCGCUCCCGUCCUCUGCCCCCACUGAAGGCGAGGACUUCCAGCUCAUCGCUGACGACUAUCAAAAGUACAUCAUUCCUGGCCUGACACACUGGCAACACCCCUCAUUCUUUGCGUACUUCCCUACAUCAAGCACAUUCGAGGGUAUACUUGCUGAAUUAUACACGUCUAGCACGUCUAAUCCUGGAUUCAAUUGGUCUGUGAGUCCCGCAUGUACAGAGCUUGAGGCUGUAGUCAUGGACUGGAUCGCUCAAUUACUUGGGCUUGAUCAGUCAUUCUACAACAUUUCCGAGGUCGGCGGCGGCGUCAUUCAGCCGUCAGCAUCUGAAUCUGCGUUAGUCGCCACUGUCGCUGCACGUGCACGAUACAUUCAUGAGCACCCUCAGGUAGCGAUGGAGAAUCUCGUGCUCUACACCACUACCCAAACCCACUCGCUUGGGAAGAAAGCUGGGCUUAUCUUAGGUCUCAAAGUCCGCGCACUAGGAGUCACAGCUCAGGAUGACUUUGCAUUGCGUGGAGACACACUCAAGGUCGCAUUGGAGGAGGAUAUGAACGCUGGGUUCCACCCUUUCAUCUUGAUCGGUACUGUAGGGACGACAUCUUCCGGUGCUGUCGAUCGGCUCGACGAGAUUGCUGAUGUCGCAAAACAUUACCCCUUCCUUUGGCUGCAUGUCGAUGCCGCAUGGGCAGGCGUUGCAUUCGUGUGUCCCGAAUAUCGUGAGGCAUACCAACUUCCCGCCAUCAAUAGUUAUGUAGAUUCUUUCUGCACCAGUUUCUACAAGUGGGGUCUAAUCCAAUUCGAUGGCUCUUGUUUGUGGGUGCGGCACCGGAAACAUUUGACAGACGCACUAGACGUUACACCCGAAUUUUUGCGAACAAGGCACGGAAAUGCUGGCACCGCUAUCGAUUACCGCAACUGGCAGUUAGGCCUUGGCAAACGGUUCCGAUCGCUCAAAUUCUGGUUUGUUCUUCGUGCGCGGGGAGUGAAAGGUCUCCAAAAGUACAUCAGCGAUGGUAUCAAGUUGAACACCAAGUUCGCACAGAGCAUAUAUGAAUCCGAGUUAUUCUCCGUCGUCACCAAGCCUUCCCUUGCCAUGACAGUCUUCAGGCUUGCACCCAAGUCCUCAACUCAACUCAGCACUCCCGAGCUAAAUAUUUUGAACCGUGCUUUCUAUGCACGGCUUGCAGCACGGAAUGAUAUUGCGCUCACCCAGACAGACUUGAAUGGGGUGUUUUGUAUUAGGAUGGUGAUCGGGGCUGAACAGACUUUAGAAAGUGAUGUCGACCGCGCGUUAGCGUUGAUGAAGUCUGAGGCCGAUGGUGUUGUUAAUGAAAUGAGAGGGGAUUGGAGGUCGCAGAGGUAGGAAGACGAAUGUGGUUCCAGUUUAACUCCCAUUAUAGAUAUACUGUUGUACUUGUAUCGUAGCGGCGCUGGGAGGCGCCAGUCCCUGACUUCAACUUCGGAGUUCAAGAAAUAACGAUGGAUUGGUUGCCGGCCCGGCGCCGGUGCAGUGGUGAAGCUGCGCCGAGAAUACUUUGCUCUUGUUCCU